AUGGGGCUGCAAGUUUGGUGUAGCACAUUCAGCCACCACCUGCAAUGCGUCGUAUUGCAUGCAGUGGUGAUGUUCCAAGAUGUGGCUAUUGAAUUCUCUCAGAAGGAAUGGGAGUGCCUGGACCCUGCUCAGAGGAGCCUGUACAGAGACGUGAUGUUGGAGAACUAUAGAAACCUUGUCUCCGUGGGGUAUGCUGUCUCGAAGCCAGAUGUGAUUACCUUGUUGGAGCAAGGGAAAGAGCCUCGUAUGGUGGGAAGGGAUGUGACAGGAGGAAAGUACCCAGGUUUGUUCUCCAAGAGUAAGAACAAGACGUUAUCUCCAGAAAAGCAUAGUCAUGAAAUCAGUUCAUCUAAUUUGGAGAAAGUAAAAAGAAAUACAACUUCUGACCUUGAAGGAUCCAUUGUCAGAAAUGAUCAGGAAAGCAAAAGUGAGACUGAAGGUCAACAGGAACCUCAAGAAGGACAUUUCAGUCAAAAGAAAAUUAUGAAUCAAAGAAGGCCAUCGACUCAAAACCAUACAUCUCAUCCUCCCAAGCAGAAAAUCCAUGAUAGCGAGAAUCCUCAAUACAGGGAAAGUGGGAAGCCCGUUAGUUGUGACUCCAAUUUAGUUCGACACGAGAAAAUUCAUUCUAAUGAGAAACAUGUUUGUAAAGAAUGUGGGAAUACUUUUAGUAGUGGCUAUCAACUUACUCUACAUCAAAAAAUUCAUACUGGUGAAAGGCCCUAUAAAUGUAAGGAAUGUGGGAAGGGCUUUAGGCAAAGCUAUCAACUUACUCUGCAUCAGAGAUGUCACACUGGGGAGAAACCCUAUAAAUGUCAAGAAUGUGGGAAGGCCUUUAUCAUCAACUCACAACUUACUAGACAUAAGAGAAUUCAUACUGGCAAAAAACCUUGUAAGUGUAAGGUAUGUGAUAAGGGCUUUUUUAGUCAUUUAGAGCUUACUCAGCACGAGAGGAUUCACACUGGUGAGAAACCUUAUAAAUGUAAAGAAUGUGGGAAAGCUUUUCGACUUAAUUUCUACCUCACAGUACAUGAGAAAAUUCACACAGUUGAGAAAACCUAUAAAUGUAAGGACUGUGGGAGAACCUUUGGUGCCUGUGCAAAGCUUAUCCGACAUCAGAAAAUUCAUACUGGUGCAAAACUAUAUGAAUAAGAAUGUGGGAAGGUCUUUAGACUUGGUUUUUACCUUGCUGAACACAGAAGGACACAUACAGGUAAGAAAUCUUACGAAUGUAAGGACUGUGGGAAAACCUUUAAUGUGCAUGGGCAGCUUAAUCGGCAUAAAACGAUUCACAGUGGUGUAAAACACUUUGAAUGUGAAGUGUGUGGGAAAGCUUUUAAUUUUAGUGGUGACCUGAGAGUACAUCAGAGAAUUCAUACUGGUGAGAAACCGUAUGAAUGUGAAGAAUGUGGGAGAGCCUUACUUCGUUCAGCCCUUAUUGAACACGAGAGAAUUCGUACUGGAGUAAAGCCCUAUGAAUGUAAGGAAUGUGGGAAGACCUUUAGGGGGCGCUCUCAAGUGAGUCUGCACAAGAAAUUUCACACUGAUGUAAAACCCUACAAAUGUACAGGAUGCAGGAAGACCUUUAGAUUUGGGUUUUACCUUAGUGAGCGCCAGAGAAUUCACACAGGUGAAAAGCCCUAUGAAUGUAAAGAAUGUGGGAAGGCUUUUAUUCGUAGAGGUAAUCUUAAGGAGCACGUAAAAACUCAUUCAGGUCUAAAACCCUAUGAGUGUAAAGAAUGUGGGAAGACCUUUAGUUGGCGUGGACAGUUUACACAACAUCAGAAAAUUCAUACAGGUGUAAAGCCGUACAAAUGUAAGGAAUGUGGGAAGGCCUUUAGUCGUAGUGGAGACCUUAGAAUACAUCAAAGAAUUCACACGGGUGAAAAGCCCUAUAAGUGUAAAGAGUGUGGAAAGGCCUUUAGGCUUAAUUCACACCUCAAUGAACAUCAGAGAAUUCACACUGGUGAGAGACCAUAUAAGUGUAAAGUAUGUGAUAAAGCCUUUAGACAACAUUCACACCUUUAUCAACAUCAGAAAAUUCAUAAUGUAACCUAA